UGCGCAAAUCGCAUCGAAAUUUGCGUUGUGAAGGCGUUGGCGAUUUUCUCAAGUGGAGGCGCAUGGUGUCCUGUCGGCUUCACGUGGUGCAUGGCCGUUUCCUCUAAAAUAUAGCAUUUUCACCACCUUCUGUUGCCUUCCUGCUGUGCGCGUGGGAAGGCGAGCUGGGCAGGUGGCCACUUUGGUGUCUUCUGCCGCCGGGGUGCAUCGGGGAGCUGGGACAUUGUGAGGAGCUAGUCGUGUUGUUGGCUUUUCAAGAAUCCAUGGUGAGAGAGUGGGUGCAGUGUGUUCGCAGUAUAGUCAACGACGUUGAACCAUUUUUUGGACGCUCUACUUGGAUUUAUGUGACCGUUGGGAUUAUAAAGUGCAUGACCAGAAUUUCUCCAAACGGCGAUGCGUGUUGAAUCCGGGGGUGUCGACUCCCAUAUUUCAGAUUGUGUUCUGCAUCCCUUCCGCUGCGAGCUUCAGGUAGGAGUGAGUUACAAAAUGUUUUAUCAGGUGUUGGGAUAAGGCUGCUGUUAGAAGAGCACGAUGGAGGACCAGGAUCCAUCAUCCUCAAGCGCCAAGGUUGGGAUGGCGGCUGCCGCCUCAGGGCGUUCGUGGGGACGCGGCAGGUACAAUGCUGCCCCACGUUCAGAGCGAAAAUCCUUGGAGGUAUUCGGAGGCGCGCCCACGAGUACCUGCUAUCUUCGAGCGGCAGGAACUUUGUUCGGAGGCAAUUCGGUAGCAGAAGGAGAGCAAGAAUCUGAAGCUGCGCUAUCCCCACAGAUUGAUCUGCAUCGGAAAACUCCCAGCAUCGAUGAGAACUUCGGAGGCGUCAGACGCAGGAAGGUCAGAUGCAGGCAGCGACGUAAGUCAUGCAUCUAACGUGCCAAGGGUCUCACGCGAAGUCAGGGAUGCUCUGUCCACUUUCCAGCAGACCUUCGUGGUGUGUGAUGCUGUACAACCCGACUUUCCCAUCUUGUAUGCAAGUGCAGGCUUCUUUACCAUGACGGGGUAUACGCCGAAGGAGAUCAUCGGCCGUAGCUGCCGUUUCUUGCAGGGCCCUGAAACUGACAAGGCGGACAUUGCGAGUAUCAGAGAGGCACUCCAGCAGGGCAAGAACUUCUGCGGCCGCUUGCUCAACUACAAGAAGGAUCGUUCCGCGUUUUGGAACCUGCUUACCAUGACCCCGAUCAAGGACGAUGCCGGCAAAGUUCUGAAAUAUAUCGGAAUGCAGGUUGAGGUGAGUAAGCACACGGAUGGCUUGAAGGAGAAGGCGUUGCGUCCUAACGGCCUGCCCGAAUCACUGAUCCGUUACGACGUAAGACUGCAAGACAAGGCAGCGGAAGCUGUUGGCGACCUAGUUAUGGCGUUGAAGAACUCGGGAGCGUUAACAUUGACCACAAAAAGACCAACUUCUAGCCUGAAACCAACGCCAUCGAUGCUGACAGAGAAUGACAUGGCCCAUUCUGUGACGAAUACAAAGCCCACAUUCCAAGGUCGUCAGAUUGAUUCCUCACGACGACGGUCGACCAGCACAAACGUCAUGAUGCGAAGUGAUUCUCAUUUUUCGAAUACCCCCGAGAAUGAUCAGCUCGCGCACUCUCUACGGCGAAAUCGGCGAUCGUCUGGGUUUUUGUCCCUCCUUGGGUUGGGGAAAUCGGAGCCUGCAUUACCGGACCCCGAAUUGGAUCCUGAGCUGAGAAUGCUGGACGACGAAGACCGGCCGGAGAGUUUUGAAGUUGAUGUUGAGAGGAGUAAGAAGACUCGACGUGGUAUUGAUCUGGCAACUACUUUAGAACGUAUUCCGAAAAAUUUCGUGAUUACUGAUCCUCGCCUUCCAGACAAUCCAAUUAUAUUUGCAUCCGACGAGUUUCUGGAGUUGACAGAGUACAGUCGAGAGGAGAUUCUCGGCAGAAAUUGCCGGUUCUUACAAGGACCAGACACAGACCGCGCUGUCGUUGAUCAAAUCCGCGAUGCCAUUGCCGCCCGUCGCGACAUCACAGUGCAGCUUCUCAAUUACACCAAGAGUGGGAAGCCGUUUUGGAAUCUGUUCCACUUGCAGAGUAUGCGAGAUCAUAAUGGAGAGUUGCAAUACUUUAUUGGAGUUCAGCUCGAUGGCAGCGAGUAUCUUGAACCGGAGAGACGUGGGUUGCCCAAGAAAACUGAGAAAGAGGGGACUAAAGAAGUGCAAGAGACGGCUGGUAACAUCGAUGGCGCCCUGCGGGAGCUUCCCGAUGCUAAUAUGAAUCCCGCUGAUUUGUGGUUCACGCAUUCACUGCUUGUGCACCCGAAGCCGCACAGGAAAGACUCACCAGCUUGGGAUGUAAUUCGAAAAAUAACGAAUGAUGGGCGAAGUCUAGGAUUGAAAGACUUUCGCCCAAUCAAGCCUCUGGGGUCCGGUGACACGGGAAGUGUGCAUUUGGUGGAGCUUCGUGAGACGGGGUUGGUGUUCGCCAUGAAAGCGAUGGACAAAAGUUUGAUGAUGCUGCGGAACAAGGUGCACCGAGCACGCGCAGAGCGGGACAUUCUGGAUUUGACGAAGACGCACAUUUGCUUGAUCACCGACUUCUGCCCUGGUAGUGAACUCUUCUUGCUCCUCGAGCAGCAACCGCGAAAAGUGUUCACCGAAGACGUGGUCCGUUUCUUCGCGGCCGAAGUCGUCAUCGCUCUUGAGUAUCUGCAUUGCGUUGGCGUCGUGUACCGGGGCCUGAAGCCAGAAAACGUCUUGCUCCAAGCGGACGGGCAUAUACAGCUAACGGACUUUGACUUGUCAUUCUUGACAUCGGCGAAGCCUAGGCUCGUCGAACAAGCUCUGCCUCCAGGCCGCCGCAGAAAGCCAAAACAUUUCCCUCCUCCGAUAUUCUUCAUAGAACCCGCGACUUGUUCGAACUCCUUUGUGGGUACUGAAGAAUACAUUGCGCCUGAAAUUAUCACUGGACUUGGUCACAGCAGCGCCGUGGAUUGGUGGGCGCUCGGGAUCCUAAUCUACGAAAUGCUGUAUGGUCGAACACCAUUCCGAGGGAAAAAUCGACAAAAGACAUUCACCAAUGUGCUCCAAAGAGACCUCAUCUUCCCGACAAGCAUUCCGGUAAGCAUACUUGUGCGACAGUUAAUGCGGGACCUUCUGCAACGUAACCCAAACAAACGGCUUGGCUCCCGCAACGGCGCCAACGAUGUGAAGAACCAUCCAUUCUUUAGUGGCAUCAACUGGUCGCUCCUCCGCCAUAUGAAGCCGCCGCCGUUGGAAACUCCAGUCGUGCUCAUUGCACCCCAAGCGGAGUCGGUCAAAGCUGGUGAAGGCUUGAAUUGGGAGGAGGAAGUGUCCGUUCCCGCUUCCACAUUUCAUGAAUUCUGAACACUCCUCUCCACGCUUUGUUGUUACCUACGAGGUUAUCGUAUCUGCAAACGACUACAGCGCGGAUCAUGUGCGCAAGUGAACACGAGUGGUAGUUGAGUCCGUGAAAUAGUGGAGCAUAGGUUUUUUGCCUCCUUAAUUUGUCGGGAAACCAUGACUAAGAAUGGCGCAUUUUCUGUGGUUUGUGAUUGCUUCAUUCAAGGUGAUUUUACAGACCAGGAAUGAGAAAGCGCAGAGUUUCACAGGGGCGGUUCUUACAAUGUGCGGUGGGGUUUCAAUUUUUCUUUUCUCAAAAUCGAAAACUGACACUGAACUACAUGCUCACAGGUUGCCUAACCACACCCAUCUGAACACAUUUGAACUUGUUUCAACCAACUGGUGCCUACAUAGGCGCCAUAGAGCUCUUUGAGAGGAUAGUGUUGGCAACAAAAUUCUAAAAGAAUUUGGAAGUUCCGCCACCGGGGAGAACAUUUCAAGGGUAGAGAGAUGAUUCAACUACCCUGUCAGCUGCAGCAUAAGUUAUAAAUGACACUGAACAACAUAAAAAUGUCUUUUUAUUUAUGUGACUAGAAACCUUUUCUAUGUUAGUACUGUUUCCAGUAAAGAGCAGUCAGAGUGAUGUUGCUUUGUGCUGCUUGACCCUCAUCUACUGAAAAUCCCUUGCGAACUCGUAUGGCCAGCUUUUUAUUAUUUCCAGUACACAAACCAUGAGAAAACAUGCCUUCUUUAAA